GGCCACCCAGAGCGGCAUUUACCAACUCGGCCAUGGCGGCAGCACCGCCUAUGGAAAAGUACCAGCGCAAGCUGGACAAGGCACUGCGCAAGCUCCACUCGGCAGAAGCGAACGACGAUGCGGAAGACAUGCUGUCGCUCCGCAUGAAGGUUGAAAAGUACGAGCGCAAGCUCAAGCAGCUCUCGACAAAACCCGACCACAAGGACGAGGUGGUCGACAAGUCUGGGAUGUCUCUGCUGCUCUUCUACGCAUAUGUGGAGCCUGCGUGGACACCUGUGCGUCACAAAGAAACGCUGCAUUGGGCAGAAGACCUCCUAAACUCGCUUGGGGUGACCGGUCGUCUCCGAGUGUCUCGAGAAGGCUUCAAUGGGACUCUGACCGGUCCGUACGAUGGGAUCCGUGCAUUCACAGACGCAAUGCGAGAGAGAGACAACGGAUACUUUGCCCACAUGAACAACCAAGACGACUUCAAGAUCACGGACAACCUGCCCGAAGGCCAAGCAUUCCCAAAGCUCAAGGUGUUUGCCGUCACCGAGCUCGUCAACUACGGCUUGGGUGUGGACAACGCCCCAAGCGUCAACAAGGGCGGCGUGCAUUUGGAGCCCAAGGAUUACCACAAGAAGCUGCUCGAGGACAACACGGUCGUCAUCGACAUUCGCAACAGCUACGAAGCUGAUAUUGGGCGAUUUGCGCCAGCGACGGGAGCAGAAUAUAUCGAUCCCAAGAUGCGAGUCAGCACAGAGUUCCCGGCAUGGGCGAAAGAAAACAUCGAGAAACUCAAGGACAAGCAGGUGCUCAUGUACUGCACGGGCGGCAUUCGGUGCGAGCGCGCGUCGGCGCUCUUUCGAAGUCUCGGCCAUGAUCGCGUGUUCCAGCUCAAGGGCGGAAUCCACAACUACCUGACCGAGUACGCAAAGGAGGGCGGGGGCCACUGGAUCGGAAAAAACUACACGUUCGACAAGCGGUUCGCGCAUGGAGCGGUGGAAGACGAGAAGAAGGAAGCCGAGGCCGAGGGCGAGAUCGUCGGCAAGUGCGUCGCAUGCCGAAAGCCAUGGGACAAAUAUCGGGGGCGGAAGCGGUGCCCUGUGCCGUGCGGGGUCCCGCUCUUGCUCUGCAACGAAUGCUUGGCGGCAGACGUGUCAGCCAAGUGCUUUUUAUGCCAGGAAGAUGACGAAAUCGGAAAGAAGGAGCGAUUCAACAAGCGCCAGCAUUACAACGAGCUCGCGCUCAAGGCCAAGGCAGCCGAAGUCCCGGUACCAACCUGCAAGAAGGUCGCCGUUCACGCGUGUGGAGUGUGCAACGAGUCGUUCACCAGUCGCAACGGUCUUUUCAAACACGUCCGCGCCACGGGCCAUGCGAAUCGCAAGGCAAAAAAGCAGAAAACCACCGCAUAAUAUAUAGCCAACUGGUUGGAUGCUUCAA